UUCCGGCCAAGCUAAUAGUGUUGUGAAUGUUGUCAUAAUUUUCAAGAUUACCCCACGAAGAAGUGAUUUAACUGCUUUUUUUUGGUUAUCAGGUAGAGGAGUGUUUAGGACUGUAAGGAGGGGGUAUGAUGACAGCUAUUUAGCCGGUAAUAUCGUGCAGUUGUUGAGGCUGAAGGCUUCAAGUCCAUUAGGAUGACAAUAUAGCGGAGGAGAAUACAAACAGCUAUUAUAUUCCUCCUUUCUUCAACAGAAGCUCAUCAAUUAAGAGUCAACUACUCAGUCUUACUCAGCAGCUCCGCAGCCAGCGUCACCAACACCCUCCCUCACAGCUUCCCCCCUUCUUGCUCCCUCUCCUAUCGCCGCCAAAGGCAUCAGCGGGGCAUGCCCGGAGUCUGCCCACGAUGGCCUCGGAAGAUAAUGGCGUCGGUCCGCGCAAGAAACGCCGGGUCGACGAUGCGAAAGCUGCUCCCUAUGUGCUACGGCAGCUGCUUGAUAAGGUGCCCUUAGCUACGGAGGAUCACAGCGCCAAGGUCAUCAUUACCUGUGUGGAAUACUGGAAUGAGAAUCUCUACAUUGGUACGUCGGCGGGGGAGAUCCUACAUUUUGUCUGCCUGCCGGCGGACCCUUCGGACGAGUCCAACGAGCCUUCCUUUAUCCUCGCCUCGAGAUUGCCUAUCCGGUCCUCGCAGAACUCCCCAACUGCGAACGGUGUGCAGCAGAUUUUGCUGCUUCCGAUGGUUAACAAGGCGUGCAUCCUGUGCAAUGGCGUGACGACAUUCUACCUGCUCCCGGAGCUCAGCCCCGCGUUUGGAAACACCAAGGUCUCGCACUGUCGCUGGCUCGGGGGUCUCGAUCUCAACAGGAUGGUGGAUGAUCCGGAGAAUCCGGAGAAACCUGUGAUCAUGAUUGCAGUGCAAAACCGGAUCAUGCUGGUCCGAAUCGGCGACGAGGCGCGACUCGUCAGGAACAUCGAAUUCCCCGGGUGUCUGGUCGCGUCGCGAAGAGGGACGAUAGCCUGUGUUGCCGACCCUCACACAUACUCACUGCUCGAGGUGGAGCACCAGCAGAAGAUUCCGCUGUUUCCAAUCUCUUCCUCGCAGGAGGUAGUCGAGAUUAGUUCCGUUGAAGACGAAAGGUCCCCCCCUGCUUCGCACCCGAGUUCGCCUCCUACAAAUAGCCCUGGCCAUCAUACUCGGAACACCAGUUUGAACGCUAUCGUCAAUAAACUCCAGCAGAACCAGUCGUCGACCCAUGGGAGCAGGCCUGAGUCGGUGACGCCGGACCUCACAACAACAUCUGGGGCAUCAAGUCGGUCGAGCUCACGGGGUCGGGAAAGAACGAUAUCCCCAAGCGACUCAAAUGAGAGCCGGCCUCGCAGCUCUCAGCCUCCACAAAGUGAUGGCGCGAAGCCCCUCCCGCCUCUCCCCAAACUGUCCGCUUCGCAGUUACUGAGACCGCACAUUGUAUCCCCCACUGCGUCGGAAUUCUUGCUGGUGACUGGGACGGAGAAGUCCGAGCCCGGUGUCGGAAUGUUUGUAAAUAUUGAUGGUGAUGUGGUUCGUGGCACGAUCAAUUUCCACAGAUAUCCGGACUCUCUCAUCAUCGAUGGCUCUGAAGACAAUGAUUCCAUGCAGACCCCAGGUGCUCUGGAGGAGUAUGUUAUUGCUGUGAUGGACUUUGAGGAAGACGGCAAGACUUACAAACGGCUGGAAGUGCAACGCUGGGAUGUUGACCCAGGAGAAGAUGAGCGGCCCAAGGCAUGGCUCGAUAUUCCACUAGUUGGGGACGAUUCAGACUCGGCGGAAGUUGUUCUCCGCCACACCAAUAGCCCAAGCCAGCUUGAGUUUACCGAAGUCAGCAAGUUGUUGCGAAUGGUCCGGCUCAAGACCCCUUUACUAUCCCCCUCCCAGAAAGGCGGCGCCUCGUCCGAACGAGGCUGGGAGGCCGAGCGGGAUGCCGAGGAGGCCAAGUUUGCCCGCUCGCUUGGGGGAAUCAAAAGCAGUCUAAUAAUGUGGUCUGGGGACCAGAUCUGGCGACUGCUCCGGAAUCCGCUGACUGUCCAGCUGGAUAGCGCUCUUCAGAACGCGCAGACCUGUGGCGAGGAUGGAACCACGGCGACGCUGCAGCGUAAUGCGAUCCUAAGCUUGAUGCAAUCGAUCAAGACGGCCGAGCCGCGCUCGGAGGCGGAAUACCUGGGGCUCAACUAUGCGAAGCAAAAGGCCAGCCUGCUUCUGUUUGGGGACCUUCUAUUCAUGGAGUCCGCGUCCACGAAUAAGGAGGUCAUCAAAUCUACAGAAAAGGCACUGGUAGAUGGAAAUCUGGACCCGCGCAUUCUCUUACUGCUGGUGCCUCUCCUACGAUGUGAAGUCCUUCAGGGCCCCAAGGGCAUCUGGAUCCAUGCAGGUCUGGCUGCCGUUGCGGAGGACUACACUAAACGAUUAGAAAAGGAGAAGGAGAAUUUACCGGAUGGGGAUGUGCUCACCAGCACUGUGUUGAACCUGGUCAAGCGGUUUCUACUCUCGUGGCAACAGAAGCGUGGGUACGGGAGCAUCACGGACGAAACAUAUGUAUUUGACAGUGUAGACGCCGCUCUACUCCAUUUGCUCCUCGAGCAGGUCUCGAGCUCUGAGCAAAAUGCCAAGUCUGCUGCUGCUGCUGCUGCUUCAGUACGUACCGAGCUGAACCAGCUGGUCGACUCGUGGAAAGGCAACUUUGAGCGUGCUGUGGCGCUGCUGGAGGAGUAUCGGCGGUUGUACGUGUUGAGCCGCCUGUAUCAGAGCCGCAAGAUGUUCGGGAACGUGCUCAAAACUUGGCGGCGAAUCGUGGAUGGCGAGCCAGACGCGGGGAGCGAGGUGACGACCAAGGGGAUCGAGGCGCAAAUGCGUCGGUAUCUUGUCAGGACCAAAGAUGCGCAGCUGGUCGAAGAGUAUGGCUCAUGGCUCGCGGCGCGCAACCCCAGCCUGGGCGUGCAAGUCUUCGCGGACAAUACGAGCCGGGUCAAACUGGAGCCGACAGAUGUGGUCGCCUUACUCAAGAAGCGGGCGCCCAAUGCCGUCCAGAUAUACCUGGAAUAUCUGGUAUUUUCGAAGAAUUACACGCAAUACGCCGACGAUCUCAUCUCAUACUACCUUGACACCGUGCUGUCGGUACUCGAGUCCUCGCCCGCGGCCCGCACGUCGCUCUCCGAGUCAUACUCGACCUACCGCGCCCUGCGGCCACCGAAACCAACAUACCUCAACUUCAUCACCGAGAACACCCCCGCCGAGGCAUGGUGGCAGUCGCGGCUGCGGCUCCUGCAACUGCUCGCUGGGGGCAGCCUGUUUUCCAAAACAGCGUCUGCGACGGCAUCCUCCUCAUCGUCGGUUCUGACGUAUUCCAUCCCCGCCGUGCUGGCGCGGAUCGAGCCCUUCCAGAACGAGCUGGUCUCGGAGAGCAUCAUUCUCGACGGCUUACAAGGGCGGCACCGUGAAGCUCUACGGCUGUUGACGCACGGGCUAGGCGACUACGACUCGGCGAUCCGAUAUUGUCUUCUCGGGGGUCCGCGCGGCAGUAGUGGCGGAAGUGCAGACGCGAACAUGGCCUCCAAGGAUCUCCAAAGGGAACUGUUCCGUCACCUGCUGCAUGAGUUCCUGGCCAUCCGCGACCUCUCGGACCGACUGGACCGGACAAGCGACCUCCUGGCGCGGUUUGCGGCGUGGUUCGACGUCGGCGAGGUGCUGGCCCUCGUGCCCGACGAAUGGAGCGUGGAGAUCCUCGGCGGGUUCCUGAUGGCCGUGCUGCGCUCGCUGGUGGCGCAGGGCCGCGAGGCGCGGAUCGAGCGGGCGCUGUGUGCGAGUUUGAAUCUCCGUGUGGGCUGCGAGUAUAUCGAGGUGGCAGAGAAGGAAGCAUUUAUCGAAGAGGAGGGGGGGGUAAGGCGGGUGUCUUAGCAUACCGAGUAUAUGACUAUGAUGAAUAUAAUCACUACUUGAAAUGUAGAUGUUUAGUAUUUACAAUAUCUAUUUACAUUUGAACCAACUUUCUGUUUUAGUCCAGGUCUGGAAU